UGGGAAAUACAUUAUCACUUCAAGGGCUGUCAUGUGGACUUACUCUCCUUAACAUCAGGAAGUAGAACAAGGAGCAAUUAUUAGAAACUGUAAAGUGUUAGACUUUUGUAAAGGUAAAGGAAAAACUUCUUUAUACUGUCUAAAAGUGAUUGGAUUUUCCAUAACUGGAGAUCUUCAAUGAGAGGCUAGAGGCCUACUUGUUGAUGUAGUAGAGAUUCUUCCUUAUGAAAUAGAGGCCUUCUGAGGUGCUUUUCCAAGUUUGAGAUUCAGUGAUUAAAAUGUUCACAUUGUGAUAGUAUUCCUAUCACACCAUCUCAUACCUUGUAUUGGUGUCUAGUUUCAUUGAAGUACAUUCUUGAAAAGCUUAUAGUCUGAUUGAGGAGACAAGGUAUAUAUGUGUGAGACAGUAGGAGAAUGAUUCUAAAACAGUGCAAGUCUGAGAGAAUGUGGUUCAGACAUUAGAAUACCUUGGAAAUUAUCUCAUAAAAAGAAGAUUCCCAUCCUGAACAUUCCUUUGCUGUUCUUCUGGACCGCACUGGCUGUUUGGAGAAAUCCUAAAGUAUAUAGUUGAAAUUAAGAAGUUAGAAGGUUGAUAUGGAUCGUUCAGCUGUGUUUUUCUCCCAUGACCACAUAAAAGAGAUUUCUAGUUCACUUCUUAAUCUGAGUUCCCUUAGAAUUUGGACACAAAUCACAAAUUUCAGGAGGAAAGACACUGAGUAUUGUGCCUAUGUGAAAAGAUUUAUAGAAGGUCGUUUUUUUUCAAUGCUUAUGAUAAGUACCAUCUCACUGAAUGCCUUGUGUAUGGUUUUGCAGACUGAUUAUGACAUUAAAAAUUAUUUGUUCUUAGUUUUUGAGGUAGUAGAAGUCCUAUUUGUGUCUGUUUAUUGUUUUGAGUUCUGCAUCAAACUUUAUGUGGAUCCCCUUGGAUAUUGGAAGAAUGGAUACAAUUUGUUGGAUGUUGUCAUCAUCAUCAUACUUUCUGUUCCUUUUCACGUGCGGAAGCUGUUUGGCAGGCACUGCCCAUAUCUAAAUAUAGGAGAAGGCAUCCAAUCUCUUCGAAUUCUCAAACUCAUUCCCUAUAGCCGAGGAAUAAAGACUUUGAUCACUGCAUUGGGACAGACAAUCUGCACUGUGGCUUCCGUCAUGAUCCUGCUGUUCCUGCUAAUGUUCAUCUUUGCCAUCUUAGGCUUUAGUCUGUUCGGAUCAAGCGAUGGGGGUGACUUGAAUAACUGGGGAAACCUUGCCGUGGCCUUCUUCACCCUUUUCAGCUUGACCACGGUGGAUGGCUGGACGGAUCUUCAGAAAGACUUGGAUGAGCGGGGGUUUGGUCUGAGCAGGGCUUUUACCAUUUUCUUCAUCUUGUUGGGCUCCUUUGUGUUCCUCAGUAUGUUUGUGGGUGUCAUGAUCUUUCACACAGAGGAUUCGAUCAAGAAAUUUAAAAAGGAAUUGGAAAAUGAGCGACACGUGGCUCUUCUACAAGAGAAACAAAACAUCCUGAAGAAGCAGCAGGAAGAAGUCAGCAGACUCAUGCAGAAAGGGACAAACAGUGAAUAUAAAACUUUCAGUGAGCUGGUGAAAGGUUUUAAGAAGACUCUGAGACAUUCAGACCCCAUGGUCUUGGAAGAUUUCUGUACCACCCUUCCCUUCAUUGAUAUUUACUUGUCAACACUGGACAACCAAGAUAAUACUAUUUCUAAGCUCCAAGAACUCUAUUAUGAAAUGGUAAACGUUUUGAACCAGAUGCUAGAUGACAUACCGACCAAGAAACGUUCAUUCUCAUCUGAGAAGUCUGUGGAAUUUUAGAUGUACUUAUUUGAGGUGGGGCCAUUCAGAGCAGUUCAAGGAUGUUCCCAUUGAACAAAGAAAACUGGUCUAAAUCCAAAUAAAAGUUUCUUUCCUGAAA